AGUGAACAAUCUGAACCUGAACAAUCUGUAUCUACACCACCAACAAAUAAUAAUAAUCAAAUAUGUGAUAAAGCAAUUAGUGAAUUUAGUCAUUUAAAAGAAGCUUAUACUGCAAUUUAUAAACAAAAUCAAAACCUUGCAGUUAAAAAAUUUGGAGAAUUAACUGGAGCAUAUACAAGAUUAAAACAAGAAAAUGAUACUUUACAUAAAGAAAUAAAGAAACAACUUGAAGAUAUUAAUAAAAAAUUGAAUAUUGAUACUUUAGCAACAAAUUUAGCAGAUAAAUUAAAACUUUUAAUAAGCGGAGGUAUUAAUUAUGAAAUAGUAAAAGAAAAAUAUAAAGAAGUAUUAGAAAAAACACAAGAUUUUUUAGAAUCAAUUCCUCAAGAUGUUGAUAAUUUAUUAAAAAAUCAACUGCCUAUUCAAAAACUUUCUACUUCUAAAUAA